GGAAAAUCGAAGCAAGCAAACCAUUCCUCACACUUGUGGAUCUAAAUCCAACUCUCGGAGGUGACAUGAGAUGUACUUGAAAAAGGGAAAGAAGCCUAGUAGAGGAAUGAUGUACAUUGAAACACAUAAGAGAAAGGAUGGGUCUUUUGUAAAUAACGAGGCAUUAACUAUAGUGGAACAAAUUGAGCUGAAUAUGACACAGUCAAAUACACAAUUUGAGGUGUCCCCUAAUGAUGCUGUUGGUAAAGUUUUGGGGCCUGAACACUCUGGGAGAGUUUGUUGCAUGGGCAUGGGAGCAGCGCCUACAAAUACCUUUAGGAAUGUGAGAAGUCGGAUUAAUGGGAUGACCAUCUCCACUAAUUCAGCUGGAUCUUCUUCGCCUACUACUUCUGCAAUUUUACAGGAAAAGAUCAAUAAUUUGGAGUCCGACAUACAUAAUUCACAGCAAAAGGUCAAUAAUCUAGAGUCUAAGUUGCAACAAUCAUUUGAUAUGAUGAAAGCAUAUCUAAUGAUGAAGGAAGGAGGAAUUCCCGAAGCACUUGUUGGCUUUUUUUCUGACCGCGAGGCUAAUGAUGCUGAAAGUGAGCCUACUACUCCCUUUGAUGCUAGGAGAUCAGCUGGUGAUAGUAACGGACAUCCGAGGACAAAUAUUUGAGAUUUUUAUGUAAUUAGAUGACAUUGAAAUAUUGAAAUUGUUUUAUUUUACUUU